AUGAUUUCCAACUCAAUGUGUAUUUACAGUGUAUCGGUUGCGCCGGCUGAUUUUGAAUGUGGGCAAAAUUCUCAUUGCUCUCUUUGCUCUCUUUGUGGGACACACUGUGUGACUGCGCUGUCAGGGGGCAUUCGGUGCUUUUCGCGUAUUGAGGAAGUCUUGCUCAUCAGUAAUUGUUUAGCUAUGGGAGAUUCAAGUUCGGACGAUGAGUUGCCGGAAGAGUGGCAGAUGUACUGUGAGCGACCGGAAUGGUCAGACGUGGUGCCUAUCGAGCAGGAUGAUGGGGAAAAUCCGGUGGUUGUGAUCGCCUACAGUGACAAAUUCAAGGACGUUUACAACUACUUCCGGGCUAUUGUGGCGUCCGGAGAGAAGUCCGAGAGGGCUCUGGAAUUGACCAAGGACGCUUUGGUGCUCAAUCCGGCGAACUACACGGUGUGGCAAUAUCGGAGGGAUGUUCUGAAGGCAUUGAAUGCUGACCUCUCUAAUGAGUUGGACUACGUGGCAGACGUUAUAGAGUCGAAUGGGAAGAACUACCAAGUCUGGCACCAUCGAAGGGUCAUCGUGGAGUGGCUUCAAGACCCAGGGAAGGAGCUCGAGCUCACUGAGAAGAUUCUACGUGUGGAUUCGAAGAACUACCAUGCUUGGCAGCACCGCCAGUGGGUCAUAUCAACAUACAGACUCUUCGACAAUGAGCUAAACUUCGUGGAUAGACUCUUGGGGGAUGACGUACGGAACAAUUCAGCGUGGAAUCAGAGGUUUUUCGUGCUUAAGCACACCGGAUUUGACACAAAUGUGAUUUCCAGGGAAAUUAUGUACGCCAUGAAUCGCAUCCGUCUGGUCACAGGCAAUGAGAGCUCGUGGAACUUCCUACGCGGCAUACUGCAGCAGUCAGAGGAUCCCUCUCUUGACCACUAUCCAGAAGUUGUGGCCUUCUGCGAAGAGCUUUUCGACUCCGGAUCCAGAUCACCUCAUCUCCUGGCCUUUCUGAUCGACAUGUACAUCGAAAAGGCUUUACGAACAAAGGAGGGGACCAGAGAUGAGUACGCCCAUCGCGUCACCAGUCUCUGCGAUCUGAUGAUUGAGGAGUGCGACACAAUUCGCAGCCGGUACUGGAGAUACAUUCUGGACAACUUCUAUUCCAACUACAAGGCGUCCGGAAGUGUUGGGAACCACGAUAAAGAGACAACGCCUGAGUCAGAGAAUAUCUCAGUGGAUUCUUAACAAUUGUUUGCAGUUCUGCUUCAAAGCAUUUCUUAUUCAGUGUUGCAAAUAAAUAUUUAAAGAGAGA